UUUGCAGAUAGACAUCUGAUCACCAUGGCAUCAGCCAAAGUGAUUUUUCUGUUCGUGGUUGUAAUUUGUGCUGUGCUGGUGGCUGAAGCUAGACCUCACGAAAAGGAGGAAGAAUGGAAACAUGGCGGAGGCAAGGAACAUCACUCAGAGGAGCACUCAUCUCAUGGGGAAAAGGGUGAUAAAGGUCACAAACACGAUGAGGAGCACGAGGAAGGCAAGAAAGGCCAUCACGACAAGGAAGGACACAAGAAAGAAUACCACGACGAGGGAGGGCACAAGAAGAAACAUCACGACGAGGGAGGAUACCACAAAGAAAGCAAUAAAGGCGAAAAGGGUGAAAAAGGUCACAAGUUUGAGGAGAGCGGUAGCUUCAAGAAGGGACAUUCAACGAAAGGCCAUCACGAGAUUCACAAGCUAGACGAGUUCAAAAAGGAAAAGAAAUUCUUUGAUGAAGAUCACGAUGAGGCUUUCGAUGAGAAGUUUGGAGACUUUAAGGAGGAACAUGGGUACAAGAAGGGAGGCCAUGAAAAGAAGGGACACAAAAAAGCGGGACAUCAUGAAGACCACUACGGGAAAAAGGGAAAGAAGAAGAAGGGAUCUCACCAUCACGAUCACGUUGGACACAAGGAUGAACAUGGUCACGAUGAACACUGGAACCACAAAGAACAUUUCGGCAAAAAGGGUGGCAAGGACCAUCACAAAAAGUGGGGACAUAAAAAAGGUCACCACUGAUCAGUCUAAUAAUACUCUAAAAUCAGCUAUUGAAUAAAUAUAACUUGGUAUAAAAUGCUUA